AUGCAGGAACAGGUCGACAGGCUGGUUGGGGAUCUUCUCGGCAAGGUGCAGGGACUGGAACCGUCCAAGCGGCUACUCGUGGGUGUGUCGGGCAUUCCAGGAUCUGGCAAGUCGAGUCUUGCGACCAAGCUUGUCUCGGCCCUCAACGCUGCAUCACAAGCAACAUCCUCCACAACCGACAUCGCCAUCUGCGUAGGCAUGGACGGGUGGCACUACCCGCGAGCUACACUCGCCACCUUUCCCAACCCGCAAGAAGCCUUCGACCGUAGAGGCGCAGAAUGGACCUUCGACGCCAAGCGCUUCGCCGACUUUGUGGCGGUAGUGAAGAACGACACAUCGCACACACUCACUGCGCCUAGCUUUGACCACGCGAAGAAGGAUCCACUGGAAGACGACGUAGCUGUACUGCCGACGCACAGGGUGGUGGUAUUUGAGGGACUGUACUGCAAUUGUGAUAUCGGGGAGUGGAAGAGGGCAGCGAGGGAUUUUGAUACGAGACUGGUGUUCCAAGUGCCGAAGGACGAGGCGAGAAGGAGAUUGGUGGUACGGCAUGUCAAGACGGGCGUCGCGAGGGACGAAGAUGAGGCUAUCUGGAGAGCGGACAACAACGAUUUGCCGAACGGCGACUGGCUCAUGUCGCAUCUUCUCGAGCCAUAUAUAGAAGUCAAGAGCAUCGAUGAUCCAUCUUGGCGCUGA